CGCACUGUUCUAGACGCCGACCUUCCCUCUCCACUGGUCGUCGGACCACCUGCCUCAACCGUCGAACCCCCGUCUGCUUCGCCCACUUCUAUUCAGUCCAGCCAUCCAAUGUAACUCGUGCCAAGGACAGGAUUUUCAAGCCCAAAAUUUGGGUAUCUUCCUCGGCCACCGCCUGGUCUCUCACUGAACGACACGGGUAGUUGAUGCCAUUAAUACUCCGGUAUGGAAAGAUGCCAUGGACCUCGAAUACAACGCUCUUCUUCAUAAUCACACUUGCAAUCUCGUCCCUCCUUCUUCAUCUCAGAAUCUAGUGGGUUGUAAAUGGGUCUUCCGAAUUAAACGGAAUGUCGAUGGUUCUAUUCAACGACACAAAGCGCGGCUUAUUGCAAAAGGGUUUCAUCAAACCUCGAAAGUUGAUUUCUUCGAAACAUUCGGCCUAGUUGUUUAGGUCUCCACGAUUCGAAUUGUAUUAACUAUUGGUAUGUCACACAACUGGGUCCUUCGUCAGCUUGACUCUACAAAUUCUUUCCUUAAUGGAACUCUAUAUGAAAUUGUUUACAUGGCUCAGCCUCCUGGGUAUGUUGAUGCUCGUUUUCCCAACUAUGUUUGUCAGCUUCGCAAGGCAAUUUAUGGACUUAAACAAGCCCCACAGGUGUGGAAUGAUACUCUAAAAUCGGUAUUGCUGUUUGGGCUUUCACCAAUAGCAAGUCUGAUAUCUCUCUGUUCAUCUAUAAUCAUGACGUUCAGUUGCUGCCUAUUGUGUGUUUCUAGGGAAUACACUUGUCUCAUGGUCAUAAGAAAGCAAACUGCAGUGGCUCGCUCAAGUACGGAGUCUGAAUAUCGAGUUCUUGCUCAUGCUUUUGCAGAGAUCUCUGGUUUGUUUGUCUCCGGUCCUCUAGUGUGAUAAUAUCGAUGCUGGAUUGCUUGCCUCCAAUUGGGUCUUUCAGGCCCGUACCAAACACAUCCUUUGUUCGUGACCAAGUUCAACUAUCUGUGCUCCAAACUCGGUGUCGUUGACCUCCUCUCUCGUUUGAGGAGGGAUGAAAAGGAACUGAGUCAACUCAGUGAGAAGACUCCACCCGUACAACCCAAGGUCACCUAAGCAUGUGCUCAAUUGUUCCUUUUUAACCAAUUUUGUUAUUCCUCGUUUAUUUCUCUCCUCUCCUCAUUCAACAGGUGUACUAUCUUGUUGUAUUUAUCUUUUAGCUUUAUUCUUUUAAAACCGUAGAGGUAGAGUAUAAAGCGUAGCCUAUUACUUGUAAACAUCACAUCGAAAUAUAGAAUACAAAAUGGUAAAAGAUUUUUCCUUUUA